AUGGCGGGCGAUUUUAAUGAACCUCUUAUGCAAGAGGAUAAAUUUGGAGGCAGGGGUGUUAGUGUGAAUUGGUCUCUGGCCUUUAAAGAUUGCUUAGAUUUAUGCAAUAUGGUUGAUAUGGGUUUUAAUGGGCCAAGGGACAGGAACUUAGCUGAGUCUAUUAAGGUUUUUUCUAAGGAAGCUACCAUCUGGAACAGGGAUCAUUUUGGGAAUAUCCACCAGAAGAAGAGGAGAAUCAUGGCUAGAAUCUAUGGUGCCCAAAAAGCUCUCUCCAUCUAUCCAAGCUCCUCCCUCAUUAAUCUCGAGAAUCAGCUGCAGCAAGAUCUGGAGGUUGUGUUAGACCAAGAGAGGGAUCUUUGGAUGUUGAAAUCCAAAAUUAAUUGGUUGGUCCAGGGAGACCGCAAUACAGCUUUUUAUCAUGUAUCUGCCUUAGCCAGAAGGAAAAGAAACCAUAUUGCCUCAGUCAAAGACGAGAGGGGUUUGUGGUUAUCUGAUGAGAGUGAAGUCAUGGAACACUUUAGAAGUGGUUUUGUUUACCUGUACACCACUUCUCUUGAGGCAGCCUCUCGGGUUCCUAGCCAUGAUGUUUCCUGGCAGAUUCAUUUGUCUGAGCAAGCUAAGGCAUCAAUGGGUGCCAUGGUCACCAUGGAAGAAAUUAAAGAUGCUAUAUGGUCCAUGAAACCGUAUAAGGCUCCAAGUCCGGAUGGUCUCCAUGCUGAUUUCUUUCAACGUUUCUGGCUUGUAGUUGGGGAUUCUAUUAAGGAGGAAGUUAUGAGAGCUUUCACUGAGAGAAAGGUUCCCGAUUAUCUCAACAAAACCCUCAUUGUGCUCAUUCCCAAAAUCUAG